CCAGGAACUCAGCUUGAGGGUUGGUCGGUAGCCAGCGAUCCGGAUUACAACUCAAGCCACGGGCUCGCUCAGGGAGCGGCUCGGAUUAGGCUCGGGGUUUGGGUCAGGGCUGGAGCCCCAGGUCACGGUUCAGGACAGACUCAGUUAGGUUGUUUGGGGACUCAGGGCGGACUCACUCGGCCCGGGUGAUUUCCGCAGCCGGAACCAGUGCGGUCUGGCCGCGGAGCAGCCCGGAGGGAUAAAGCGUGGGGACCGGCUCUACGCGCUCUAGGCAGCGGGCCGCUCACACCGCAGUCUGCGUGGCGCCGAGAUGGCGGCUUUCUCCGAGAUGGGUGUUAUGCCAGAGAUAGCUCAAGCUGUGGAGGAGAUGGACUGGCUUCUUCCCACAGAUAUUCAAGCUGAGUCUAUCCCGUUAAUUCUAGGAGGUGGAGAUGUGCUUAUGGCUGCGGAAACUGGGAGUGGAAAGACUGGUGCUUUCAGCAUCCCAGUUAUCCAGAUUGUUUAUGAAACACUUAAGGACCAGCAAGAAGGCAAAAAGGGGAAAACAACUAUCAAAACUGGUGGGGCAGUGCUCAACAAAUGGCAGAUGAACCCAUACGAUAGAGGAUCAGCUUUUGCAAUUGGAUCAGAUGGUCUGUGUUGCCAAAGCAGAGAGGUAAAGGAAUGGCAUGGAUGCAGAGCAACUAAAGGAGUGACUAAAGGAAAAUACUAUUAUGAAGUAUCCUGUCAUGACCAGGGCUUGUGCAGAAUUGGGUGGUCCACUAUGCAGGCUUCAUUGGAUUUGGGCACUGACAAAUUUGGCUUUGGCUAUGGUGGAACUGGAAAGAAGUCACACAACAAACAGUUUGACAGUUAUGGUGAGGAAUUCACUAUGCAUGAUACAGUUGGAUGCUAUCUGGAUAUAGACAAAGGGCAAAUCAAGUUCUCCAAAAAUGGGAAAGACCUUGGCAUUGCAUUUGAAAUCCCACCACAUAUAAAGAGCCAAGCACUCUUUGCAGCCUGUGUUCUGAAGAAUGCUGAAUUGAAAUUCAAUUUUGGUGAAGAAGACUUUAAGUUUCCACCAAAGGAUGGAUUUAUUGCUCUUUGCAAAGCUCCUGAUGGACAUGUUCUGAAAUCGCAGCAGGCAGGAAAUGCACAAGUGGCUCAAACAAAGAACCUUCCUAAUGCUCCAAAAGCAUUAAUUGUGGAACCAUCCAGAGAGUUAGCAGAACAAACUUUGAACAACGUAAAACAAUUCAAAAAAAAUGUUGAUAAUCCUAAAUUAAGGGAGCUCCUAAUUAUUGGUGGUGUUGCUGCAAGAGAUCAGCUUUCCGUUCUGGAAAACGGUGUGGACAUAGUUGUGGGAACCCCUGGAAGAUUGGAUGACUUGGUGUCAACUGGAAAGCUUAACUUAUCUCAAGUUAGAUUCCUGGUUCUUGAUGAAGCUGAUGGCCUCCUUCUCCAAGGUUAUUCAGACUUCAUAAACAGAAUCCAUGGUCAGAUUCCUCAGAUAACUUCAGAUGGAAAAAGACUGCAGGUUAUUGUGUGUUCUGCAACUCUCCAUUCUUUUGAUGUGAAGAAACUGUCUGAGAAGAUCAUGCAUUUCCCCACUUGGGUUGACUUAAAAGGAGAGGAUUCUGUCCCAGAAACUGUGCACCACGUUGUUGUUCCUGUGAAUCCCAAAAGUGACAAACUAUGGGAAAGGCUUGGCAAGAAUCAUAUUAGGACUGAUGAGGUACAUGCAAAAGAUAAUACAAGGCCUGGUGUUAACAGUCCAGAAAUGUGGUCUGAAGCUAUUAAAAUACUAAAGGGAGAGUAUGCUGUUCGAGCAAUUAAGGAACACAAGAUGGAUCAAGCAAUUAUUUUCUGCAGAACUAAAAUAGACUGUGAUAACAUGGAGCAAUACUUUAUGCAACAAGGAGGAGGCCCAGAUAGGAAAGGACAUCAGUUCUCAUGUGUCUGUCUGCAUGGUGACAGAAAACCUCAUGAAAGAAAACAAAACUUGGAAAGAUUUAAGAAAGGAGAUGUCAGAUUCUUGAUCUGCACCGAUGUAGCUGCUAGAGGAAUUGAUAUCCGUGGUGUUCCUUAUGUUAUCAAUGUCACGCUUCCUGAUGAAAAGCAAAACUACGUUCAUCGAAUUGGGAGAGUAGGCAGAGCUGAAAGGUAUGUUGGAACCUUCAUCAGUCUUAUGGGGUUUGUGUGGUAUCAUGUUUGUAGUAGCCGUGGAAAGGGUUGCUAUAAUACCAGGCUGAAGGAAGAUGGAGGUUGCACUAUAUGGUACAAUGAGAUGCAGUUGCUGGGUGAAAUUGAAGAGCACCUGAACUGUACUAUUUCCCAAGUUGAGCCAGAUAUAAAAGUACCGGUGGAUGACUUCGAUGGGAAAGUUACAUAUGGACAAAGAAGGGCUACAGGCGGUGGAACCUAUAAAGGCCAUGUGGAUAUUUUGGCACCUACAGUACAAGAGUUGGCUGCCCUUGAAAAGGAGGCUCAGACAUCUUUCUUACAUCUUGGCUACCUUCCUAACCAGCUGUUCAGAAUGUUUUGAAUGUGCCACACUUUAGGCAAGACUUGAAUAAUAAUAAAAACUAUAAUCUUGUGCUGCCUCUCAGCAGUAGUAUUUACAAUAACUCUUAAAAACAAGGCACCGUUCUUGCAUGUCAAGCAACCCUGUUGAAGAAUGUAGACUCCCAUGUUUUAGCUGUCAUAAAUGUUGGCCUAAUAAAAGAGAACUAAUCUAAA